GCCAGGCUGCGUACGCGCGCGAGCUGGACCCACGUGCACCUCCAGUGACGCUCCGCCCUCCCAGGCUCCGCUCGCUGGCCUGGUCAUGGGCUCGGGCCCGGUGGCGGGCUGCGUGCGGGCGCGCUACCUCGUGUACUUCCAGUACGUGGGCACGGACUUCAACGGGGUCGCGGCCGUCAGGGGCGCCCAGCGAGCCGUCGGGGUCCAGAACUACCUGGAGGAGGCUGCAGAGCGGCUCAACUCGGUCGUGCCGGUCAAGUUUACCAUUUCCAGCCGCACCGACGCCGGGGUCCACGCGCUGGGCAACGCGGCUCACUUGGACGUGCAGCGCCGCUCGGGCCUGCCGCCCUUCUCUCCCGAGGUCCUGGCCGAAGCCCUCAACGCCCACCUGAAGCACCCGGCCAUCCGGGUAGUUCAGGCCUUCCGUGUGCCCAGCGACUUCCAUGCCCGCCACGCUGCCACAUCCAGGACCUAUGUGUACCGCCUGGCCACCGGCUGCCCUCGGUAUGACCAACUGCCCGUGUUUGAACGAAAUCGAUGCUGGGCCCUGCGGGCAGACUGCUUGGAUUUGGCUUCCAUGCAGGAGGCUGCCCAGCACCUCCUGGGGACACAUGACUUCAGCGCCUUCCAGUCGGCUGGCAGCCCGGCCACUAGCUCGGUGCGCACCCUGCGCCGAGCCUCCAUGCACCCUGACUUGGCCGGCCCCUUUGUCCUCGCCCAGGAGAGUAGGAAGUUGCGGUUCUGGAGCCUGGAGUUUGAGAGCCAGUCCUUCCUGUACAGACAGGUCCGGAGGAUGACAGCUGUGCUAGUGGCCGUGGGGCUGGGGGCUCUGACACCCACUCAAGUGAAGGCAAUUCUGGAGAGCCGGGACCCUCUGGGACGACACCAGAGACGUGUGGCCCCGGCCCAGGGUCUGUUUCUCAAGUCAGUGCUCUACAGGGAACUUGUGCCAGUGAGCCCUUCUCUGUCAUCCCAGCAGAUGGGAAUCCAGCUUAUGCCCAGUGGGAAAGCCAGGACCCAGAAAGCAGGGAGAUCCCGCCUUGACCUGCAGACCUCAGGCUGGAGACCAGCAGGCCAUGGACAGGUGGCCUGGAGGAGGUCCUGCCUCCCCAUGGCCUCCAUGCCUCAGAUGACCCCCAGACACCCAGCUGAGGUCAGGGCAGCCAUGACACAGUAGGUCCAGCUGCUGGACCCUGCCCAGCUCUACAGGCCGGUGUGCCUGGCAGGAACCACCCCUGUGCCAUCCAGCUCUCAGCCAUCAGGCCAGAGCAGUCGUCCUGCCUCCCAUCACCCUGAACCUGCCCAAAGUCUCCACUUCCCUGGGCAUCCCCAUCUGCCCCAGGUGGGCCACCCUGGGGACGGACUGCAGGAGACAGUAUGAACACCAGGACAGGGGCACUCAGCCUUUGGUUUUACUAGAAGUGAUGCCCCCAGAGCGCCCACACAUCUUCUGUGGGCUCAGGGUAGAAAUAAAAGGUGAAAAGGCUCCCAGGCCUGACUGCUUCUCCAGCCGCAGAGGGCCACUUGGGCAGGCAUGUGUCACUGUGGUCUUGUCCCCAAAGACCCGGCUGUGGGCUCCACAGCUGGGGAUACAGAUGGAAGAGCCGGAGCACAAACAGUCCUGGCCUGAAGGCCAGUCCCCUUGGACUGGGGGCCAACUGGCCUCAGCUGGGGGUCUGGGGCAGGCCCUUCUUGAGCAGCGACGUGAGGUGGCUUCCUAGCUCUUCAUCCUGUGGCCGGGGGUGGGGGGAGGCACUGUCAGUCCACCUUCCUGACCCACCCCACCAGUUCUGGCCUUCUGCCAGGCACAGGAUUCCUGGGACCUGCCGCCUACCUGGUAGGUCCAGGAGACCAGCAGCACCUUGGUGCCAGGGUCCUCUGAGUGGGCUGCGGCCUGAAUGAGGAUGGACUCCACGGUCACAGAGCCAUCAGGGAGGUGCUGAACGCAGUGGUCCUUGAGGGUGCUGCAGGGAGGCAGAGUGAGACCCUGCCAUGUACCCUCCCCACUAAGGCUGGAAGGGAAGGGUAGGUGCCCACCUCUUCAGGUGGCUGUAGACACGCGAGGCCAUCUCCUGCUCCUUUCGCGUGUCAUGCAGGUGCACACGGCAGGUGAAGCGCAGCUGGUGUUCGGCCAAGCCCAGCUCUUUGAGGGCUUGUUCUGAGGACACUAGCCGGAAGUUCUGUGGGGAAGGGGCAGGUCAGGGAGUGUGGGAUCGGGUACCCCCACAGUGGCCACAUGUGCACACUCACACUGUCCUUCAUGAUCAGGGUGCCAUGCAGGAGUCUGGGCUUUUUUGCAUCAGGAUGCAGUCCUGCAGAGAAGGGAGCAGGGACUGGAGCUGCCAACAGGGCGGUCCACCGCUGAGCAGCCAUCCGCCCUGCCCUGCGUGCCCUGCCAACAUACCCUGUGCCAUCUCCCGUUUCAGCAGCCCCAGCGAGAUGCCCACAGGGAUGCUGGGGCUCGUGGGCAGUGUCACCGUCUCACCAUUGGCUGGCAUGUAGCAGCUGACCCCUGGCCAGGGGGACAGAGUCUCAAACCAGGCCUGCAGGCAUGGACCCUGUGGGCGGUCCCUGCCUGCACCCAUCAGGCCCACCCACCCAGGCUGCCUACGGAACUCCUGCUCGAUCUUCUGCUUUAGGAACUCCAUCUUCUUGGCCUCCCCGUGUACCAAAAGCACGUUCUCAGGCUCCGCCUGGCCCACCAGCUGCAUGAUGCCCUUGGCAUCGGCGUGGGCACUGAAGGACAUGUACUCCACCUGCAUCUUGACCUCCAGCUGCAGCACCACAGCACACGGGCAGUCAGCAAGGUGGCAUGCUCUGAGGGCCCCCAACCCGCCCAAGAGGGACCCAAGAAGCUGUCAGGGAGUAGGUGGGGACUCACCACCUGCCGCCCCUCCAUCUCUAGCUUGCGCUGCCCGCUGAGGAUUUUGUGGCCCACAGUGCCCUGCACGCAGUAGCCAGGCAUAAUGACCUUUGGGGGAGGGAGCGAUGGAACUCAUGGAUACCCUUGAACCCCAAGUGGCCAUCCACCUCCGUCCCCAGGCUUCCUCCUGGGACAUCUCCCUAGCCCCCCCUUUCUACGUGUCUGACUUGAACCCCCAUGGAGGCCCUUUCCCUUUGCCAGUGGCUCCCCCUUCCAGGCUUCCCAGUCCCUGUUGCAGACCCAGACAGGCCCAGCGAUCUCAGCACAAGCCAGCCCAGGACUGCAUCAGCUGCUCGGGAGGCUGGAGGCCUUCCUGCCUUGUAGACAGGAUGACCCAACGGAGAGUCAGAGCUACCUGGGCCAGGCCCCAGGGUACCAGGCCCUCUCAGGAAGGGGCUGGUGUCCCCAAGCCAGGAGAAGCCCCUUCCCCCAGCCUCUGCAGCGCUGGAGGCCCUCCUGGGAGCUGGACCCAGGACCAGGCCCUCACCAUGUUCUUCUCAUUCCCUGCCCACUUGCGAAAGAUCUGCAGGGACUGGCCGGCAUGGAGCAUCCCUGGAGUGGCAAACACGACCUGAGGGGUGGGCGUAGGGAGUCGGGAGCUGAGAAAACAUGUACUGGCUGCAGGCCUAGCCCCUCUGCUGCUCUCAGUGCCUCUUGACCCUGCGCCUGUCCCAGGGCACCCCCUUCCCAGCUCCUGUCCCUCCCCAGCAUGGGUGUGCCCUGCCCGAGUGAGACCUGCAGGCCACAGCACAGCAGCACCCAUGUGGACACCCGGCGCUGGCCCUGGGCGGCCCAGCAGAGAGCUGCACCGGGCACAAGGUGGCUGUCCCCACCUGACCACACUGGCCAGGGCCUCACCAUCGGACCCGGGUUGUCAGCAAAGGCUCGGUCGAAGGCCUUGAUGUGCUUGAACUCAAACAUGUUCCUCUGGACAAAGGUUUUGCGGAUCUUCUGGUUGGUCCAGGUAAUAAAGAGCUUGUAAUAGUG